GGCGUAACGUCCACACAGCACAGCACAAUUCCAAUUCUCUUCUUCUUCUUUCUUUAUAUCAUCUCUAUCUCUAUCUCUCUUUGCUUUCUCUUUAACCCACUAAAUUUAUCAUCUCUCUCUCUCUCUCUCCACAAUUCUCGCCAACUAAACCAACAAACAAAACUCCAUCUCUCUUAUAUAGAAAGAGAGAGAGAUUGUUCAAACCUAAAUCAAAGACGAAUCUCGGAAUCUCCGGAGACGAAACUUUAUUAAAAAAAAAAACAGAGACGAAACGGAGGAGGAUCGAAGAUGUGUUGCGGAAGGAUAUGCAUGAUGUGCACGUGUUUGGUAUUGGUGGUGAUCGCGAUUGGGUUUGUAUUUGGAUUCGGCGUUUUCAAGGAUGGAUUUCACAAGAUCCACGACUCUGUUCAUCUCCAAUGCGAUCCCAGAUUUGGUUGCGGCGCUCCUCUUGGACGUCGCGGUUACGGUUUCCCAGCUCCGCCUGGUAUUAACUAGCUAUAGUGUGAUCUCAUGAUUUUGUUUUUGUCGUCUUUGAAUUCCAAAUCUUGGGUAUAAUAGCGAUUCUUUAGGGUUUUUUUUUUAUUAACAACCAUUGUUUUGCUUUUUUUAUCUUCUUCUUUAUUAACUUUCCCCCGAGUUUCUCUUCUCACAUGGACUAUACUUGUGCGCAUUCGUGGAAUGUUUCAUUAAAUUAGAUUUUAGUUUCUUGACC